AUGUAUCGUCUGGUGCCGCCUACCGCACCAGCAGGCCCUGCUACUACCCACUGGCCUCGCGGUGCCAAUGUCGAGGUGCGCAAGAACAAUAAAGACGGCGACUGGAUCCCAGCGACCGUGUCUGGUGCUGCUCGCGACGGGCCUGAGCGUCGCUACAAGAUCACACUCUUCGGGUCGAACAAAGCAAUCGAAGUGCGCGCAUCGGACAACAGGCCUCGCAAAGUCGCGCGGCUGGCGAAGCGCAUGCGCAGCGAGAGAUGUGCUGUGAAGCCAUGCGGCGGUGAAAAGAAGAGUUCCGCCGAGACGGAGGGAGCAGCGUCUGCAGAGACUCUGCCGCCACAAACGACCGUUCUCAACACUGCUGCGUGCAAUGAACCCAAAGAUAUCUCCGAGAGCGUUUCGAUGGUAGAUCAUCAUCCCGAUCAUGUUGUGAAUGAUCCACUCCACGCCUGCUCUAAUGAUUCGGAGAAACACCAGCUUUCUGCAAAUGCCAAGGAUCCUUCCAGUCAAUCAGCUCAUCCUUCCGAACAUCAAGAUGUGAAAGUAGACGCACCGAGCAGCAACAGCGGUUCUCGCAGCUCAAUUAGGAGAAAGCGAUCUUCCUCCUCCGAUGACAACAAGGAGACCGCCGCAGCUGAAAUGCAUAGUUUGGAGCAGAAAGCGUAUCAUGACGCCUUGUCGGCGCUCUACAAAUCCGGGAGUUUCUUGACUUGGGACCAAGAAGCAUCGUUAUCCGACAUGCGUGCUUACCUCCAUAUUUCAGAUGAUGAGCACCUGCUCGAGCUGAAGAAGCUGCGAUCUGAGUUAAAAGACAUGUAG